CGCAGGGAGGAGAGGAGCUAGCUGACACCACCACCAGGGUACUUGGCCACUCAGCGCUGCAGCAGAGGCGGCGACAGCCGAAGGAGACACCGGGUUGAACGGAGGAAGAGUCCCCCCCCUCAACGUUUGACAACUGUGAUCCGGGGAGUGAACCGGGCAGGGACCUCAUGAAUGGAAAUCGGAACUACAGGAGCCGUUGGGGCCCAGUCCCUAUUCUCCAUGCCUCGGCGGCCUGGCUAUGGCACGAUGGGGAAGCCCAUCAAGCUGCUGGCCAACUGCUUCCAGGUGGAGAUCCCCAAGAUGGAUGUCUACCUCUACGAGGUGGACAUCAAGCCUGACAAGUGCCCACGGCGAGUCAACAGGGAGGUGGUUGACUCUAUGGUGCAGCACUUUAAGGUGACAAUCUUUGGGGAUCGCAGGCCAGUCUACGAUGGAAAGAAGAGCCUGUACACAGCCAACCCACUGCCUGUGGCACCCACAGGGGUGGACCUGGACGUCACGCUGCCAGGCGAGGGAGGGAAAGAUCGCCCGUUUAAAGUUUCCAUCAAGUUCGUGUCUCUGGUCAGCUGGCACAUGCUCCACGAGGUGCUGACUGGCCGCAGCAUGCCUGAGCCCCUGGAGCUGGACAAGCCCAUCAGCACCAACCCCGUGCACGCGGUGGACGUGGUGCUGCGACACCUGCCCUCCAUGAAGUACACUCCGGUGGGGCGUUCCUUCUUCUCGGCUCCAGAGGGCUACGACCAUCCCCUCGGGGGUGGGAGGGAGGUUUGGUUCGGUUUCCAUCAAUCCGUGCGGCCUGCCAUGUGGAAGAUGAUGCUUAACAUUGAUGUCUCUGCCACCGCCUUCUACAAGGCCCAGCCAGUCAUUCAGUUCAUGUGCGAAGUGUUGGACAUCCACAACAUUGACGAGCAGCCUCGCCCUCUCACGGACUCGCACCGGGUCAAAUUCACCAAAGAAAUCAAAGGUUUGAAGGUGGAGGUGACGCACUGUGGAACCAUGCGGAGGAAGUACCGCGUCUGCAACGUGACCCGACGGCCUGCCAGCCAUCAAACGUUCCCUCUACAGUUGGAAAAUGGUCAGACUGUAGAGCGUACUGUAGCCCACUACUUCAGGGAGAAGUACAACCUGCAGCUUAAGUACCCACAUUUGCCCUGUCUACAGGUGGGCCAGGAGCAAAAGCACACCUACCUGCCCCUGGAGGUGUGUAACAUUGUAGCUGGUCAACGGUGCAUCAAGAAGCUGACGGAUAAUCAGACCUCCACUAUGAUCAAAGCCACAGCUCGCUCUGCACCCGACAGACAAGAGGAGAUCAGCAGGCUGGUGCGCAGUGCCAACUACGAGGCAGACCCGUUUGUGCAGGAAUUCCAGUUCAAAGUGCGCGACGAGAUGGCCCACGUGACGGGGCGAGUGCUACCCGCCCCCAUGCUGCAGUACGGCGGCAGGGUGAGCACAGAGCACUUUAUGAAUCGGACUGUGGCCACGCCCAGCCACGGGGUGUGGGACAUGAGGGGGAAACAGUUCCACACCGGGGUGGAGAUCAAGAUGUGGGCCAUCGCUUGCUUCGCCACACAGAGGCAGUGUCGAGAAGAAAUCCUAAAGGGUUUCACAGACCAGCUACGUAAGAUCUCAAAGGAUGCUGGGAUGCCCAUCCAGGGCCAGCCAUGUUUCUGUAAAUACGCCCAGGGAGCCGACAGCGUGGAGCCCAUGUUCAGACACCUGAAGAACACUUACGCCGGACUGCAGCUCAUCAUCGUCAUCCUGCCAGGAAAAACUCCUGUCUAUGCGGAGGUAAAGCGUGUGGGAGACACCCUCUUGGGCAUGGCCACACAGUGCGUCCAGGUGAAGAACGUGGUGAAGACGUCGCCUCAGACCCUCUCCAACCUCUGCCUCAAGAUCAACGUGAAGCUGGGAGGCAUCAACAACAUCCUGGUACCUCACCAACGACCAUCAGUGUUUCAGCAGCCAGUUAUCUUCUUGGGAGCAGACGUUACGCAUCCACCUGCCGGAGAUGGGAAGAAGCCUUCAAUUGCAGCAGUGGUUGGCAGUAUGGACGCCCACCCCAGCAGGUACUGUGCCACUGUGCGGGUUCAGAGACCCAGGCAGGAGGUCAUCCAGGACUUGGCCUCCAUGGUGCGUGAGUUGCUUAUCCAGUUCUACAAGUCGACCCGCUACAAGCCCACCAGGAUCAUUUUCUACAGGGAUGGAGUUUCAGAAGGCCAGUUCAGACAGGUGCUGUAUUAUGAGCUGCUGGCCAUUCGUGAGGCCUGUAUAAGCCUGGAGAAGGAGUACCAGCCAGGCAUCACCUACAUUGUUGUGCAAAAACGCCACCAUACACGCCUCUUCUGUGCCGACCGCAACGAGAGAGUUGGACGUAGUGGAAACAUUCCUGCUGGUACUACCGUGGACACGGACAUCACGCAUCCCUACGAGUUUGACUUUUACCUCUGCAGUCAUGCUGGAAUACAGGGCACCAGUCGGCCCUCCCACUACCACGUACUGUGGGACGACAAUUGUUUUACCGCUGACGAGUUCCAGCUGCUCACCUACCAGUUGUGCCACACCUACGUGCGCUGUACCCGCUCAGUCUCCAUCCCUGCGCCAGCCUACUACGCCCACCUGGUGGCCUUCCGCGCCCGCUACCAUCUGGUGGACAAAGAACAUGACAGCGCUGAGGGUAGCCAUGUUUCUGGUCAGAGUAACGGUCGGGACCCCCAGGCGCUGGCCAAAGCUGUUCAGAUUCACCACGACACCCUGAGGACCAUGUACUUCGCCUGAGCUACACCGACCCUCCCCAACCAUCGUCACCCUUAACACACACACACACACACACACACACAACCAUGCACACCUGGCUUGCCGGUCAAGGAGUCCUCAUAUGUGCAAGUCCCGCCCCACCCCCCCACACGCCUAGUCAAUCCGGACCUGACACUGUGCAGAGGAAAGCAGGGAGGAGGGAGGGGAGGAGGCGCCCCCACACUGGACUGAGGAUGCAAACGCUGCUUUAAAAACAAACAAGAGAGAAACUCAGCACUAUUAUGCAAUAUUAAACCAGCCAACUAGUUUAUUUUCACCCUUAUCAGGCCCCCCCUUUUUCAUCGCCCCUCCUAUCUGUCCUUCCCCCGUUUGUCUCUUUUUUUACUUGUGGCCUAGUGGGUGUUUGUCUUGUUUGUUUUUCCCCCUUCCUGGCACAGUCAUUCUUUAUAGUCUACUAAUCUGCUCCUUUGCCAUCUACAGUACCUCAAGUCAAUUUGAGCAGCAGCACUUUUACAUUCUGUCAGUUUUACUGUAGUUUGUCGUCGAUUCUCCCAAAAUGGGGGAGCAGAGAAGGGUCAGACUCUGGAGUUGUUUUUGAUUUAUUUUAUUUUUUUUCAUUUUGGAAUAUUUCUCUGGACCUGAGGUCCUCCCAGUUGCCACUUUUUACUUUUCCCCCCUCUCGUUUCUUCUGGUCGAAUGUGAGAAAUCACAGAGUUACAUGUUCUUUUUUUGAGCACACUGCCACCUGUUGGCGACGAGGUAUAAAUGCCCCCUUAGAGUCAAAACAAAGAGUUGUUGUCUUCGGUUUCAGAUCAGUUUUUUUGAUUUUAUCUUUCACAGUCAGCUGUCACAGUUUAAAAAGGGGCAGUUUAUAUUGGCUGACAUAUCAAUUUGCGCAACUGCAGCCAUCUAUGGAUUUCAUUUAAAGUAUAACACUGUUAUUUAAUUCUGGUUGUUUUUUUGUUUUUUUUCCUUCUACAUUAUGUGAAACAUUUUAUAAUUCUGACUUUUUUUUUUUUUAAAUCAUUUUAAAAAUCAUUUAAGCUUGUGUUUUUAAUCUUUAGAAGUCAUCGUGCGUUCAUUUCCCCUCAGUGCUUUAUCACGUUUCCCUCUCUUGAGUUCGAGAUGGUGGGUAAAAAGAGGUCAUGUCGAUGGUUUCCUCUAGUGCAAUAAUCAGUUGAAACGAAGGGAAAAGGAUCUUAGGGAGGGAGGGGGGACUCACAAAAGAACAGUUAUGCGUUUCAUUUGAGAGCGAGUGUCCUCGGAAAGAGAGAAACGUUUGCCACUUGCUAGGCACUUUCAUGUGUUGCUCCUCCGUGAGCUGAUUGAACCGCGUGUUUUCUAAGUUUGCCCUUGCCGUUGGGCGACAAAACAAAAUGGUGCAAGUGCAGUUUUGGUGAUUUUCGUGUACUUUACUUGAAUCGAAGGAUGUUAUGCGCCUCUGUGGUUUGAGAAUACUUUAUCAUCAACGGGGCAUCAUUUCACAAUUCCUGAUUAUCAGUUUGCUAAUGAGGCUGAUUUUCUUAAUUCCUAAGAAUAGCAAAGCUUAAAGUGGAGUAUAAAGGCCAUAAAGAGGUAGUAUUCAAGUGCCUGGUGGAAGUGUUUUAAAUGGUCAAGAGCUGCAUAGCCUAUCAUAGGGAUCCUAUUUCAUGGGGGUGAAAUAAUCAAAGAGCAUAUUCCAACAAACGGACAGCAUAAGAUGGUUUAAAGCGAGAAAGUUUCACCCAAUGCCUCUUAUUCUCACCAACCGUCUACUGACUUUUCUAUACAUCUCAUUCAAAUCAUCCUAAGAUCCAUAUAUUUAUUGUGUUCGCUGAUACAGCAGCGUUCAAGCAAAGCAAAAGGCAGCAGUUGUCUUUUUUGCUUAAUCCUUCACCAGACAUGGAUCCAGCUGCUACAGUGUGUUUGUACCUAAAAAGGCCGAGUUCAUGGGCACGGAGCCAGCCUCAUUCUAAACUAAAUCUUUCAAUAAACUAUUUCUUUCAGUAGAAAACCGAAGUCAAGCACUUGGUUUUUGUUUUUUUUUUGUUUUUUCCUUUAUUCCUGUCCAUGUAACCGGCCCAAAGUGUUGACCGGCUUCAGAACAAUGCCGAGGAGUUAAGUUCGUGACCAAUUAGAAGUACAAGCUGACCGUGUUUGGAUCAUAGUCACCACUUAGCUCCUCUGUGCCGCUGAUGACCUGAAGCUCAAAAAAAAAAAAAGUUAUCUGCACUAAAAGAAGCUGUGUUUGGGGACUGAACACAGGCGUGGUGCUACUCUGUCUGAAUUAGAAUCUGAAGCUGAACCUCUGUAUGUAAGACUGUAGAUGAACAGGUGGGUAAGGUAGAAGAAGAAGAAGAAAAAAAAAACAGCAGACCUCACUCGCUUAAGGGCAGGAGAAAGUCCCCCUGCUGUGGGGAGCUCUAGAUUUCGGAUUUCACUCGGUAGUCGCAGUCAAAAACAAAAAAAACGGUACAAUGGCGGACGUUCCCUCGGACAGUGACGUAUGACGUAGGGUCCUGCAUCCGCCGUUGCGUUUGACUGCCUUUUGGGAAGCCAGUUGGGUUUGAGCCUUCAUGAUUUCACUCGUGUCUGAAAGCCUUUUUAAAAGCCAGAUUGAAAGUAUAUUUGUACAUUUUAAAUUAUGUAAUGCACACCACUUAUUUUUGCUAACAGAAAAAAAAAGAAAUGUAGUCUAAUUAUUAAUCUUAGUAAUAAAUGUAUCAUGAUAAGUAAGUUUUAUUGCAAUAGACUGUUGACUUGUUCCUGUGUCACUAUAACGUAUAGUGUAUGUGUGAACAGUGGUGGGGUUGUUGAAACUAGUGACGUGUGUUUGGACUGUCCUACUGUUAUUGAUAGGGAUGUGGACUUAAACCGCCUCUUGCAUCGAUGUUUGGAAAAAAAGCUGCAAGGUGUUGAAUGCUUCUUUUUCUCUUUUAUUUUUUUUAUUUUGUUGUAGAUGUCCGUGCAGUCGUAAAGUCGGAGGUUUGUUGCAGAGGAGAGAUAUUAUAUUACGUACUCUACUUUGAGGCUUUGUAUUAAGACGUUACAUCGCUGUCGUGACGACAGACAGCAUAGAAGAAGAAGUUGUACUGAGCAGAGAUCCUGCUCGCGAAUGUUCUCUGGGUUUUUCUUCAAGUGGUGCUGACGCCUGCUCCUUUAUCAAGAGGGAGAGUGGGGAAAAAAAUGAUGGGCAAGUGGUUUUUGAAAAGCGUCUGUUGAUCCAUUUCAAAGACACGUGCGAUCAAACACUAUUGUAUCAACGGGUAGUAGUUGAAGCCUCGGAGGAUUUACUUGGGAUUUGCAACCUCGGGUCGCUCUCCUCAAGACUCCUCUCCUUUCUCGAGCCGCUUCACGCGCUCACAAACACAAAAAGAGUUAGCCUCCCGGUAAAUCUGCGGCGUGACAAAGCCUGUAAUCUUAUUGUCGCUCUCUUUCCCCUUCGCUCCCGAACAUUUACUCCCCCUGUGCCAGAGGACUACAUUCCACGGCCCGUCGUACAAUCCCAUCUGACCCCCCCAUCCCCUGGGAGGCAUGAGAAAGAUUAGAGUUGAAGGACAAUGGUGGGAUCUGGCCAGUAAGAUAAAAUGUAUUGUGUUAUUCAGUCAAGUAUGUGUGAUUUUCUUUGAAAGGAAUCAAAGCUGAUCAGCGAAGACUCAAUGCGGCAGGUUAUGUUGGAAGUCGUGGAGGUUGAUUGCGAGAAUCCAUUUACUCUAUCUCUGCGGUCUGAACUGGAUGUUCAGUUGGUGUAUUAACCACACUCUUGAGGGCAGUUAAACACAUGUUUACAUAGCAGAUGUGUUUGCCUCGCUUGCGACUGAAAUGUCAUCGGCUCUGCUUCGCAAAUAUUAGCUCGUAGAGAAAGUGACCCUAACGUGAGCAAGACCAUUUUCGGGGCCUGUGUGGAAGUGAACGCUUGAAGGGAUACGAAGACGUUGUGCGUUUCGUAGAUCUUUCCUCAGCAGAUGUGUGUCGCACGGCGGUGGGGUAGACUUGUUUGUCCUUCCAGUUCUUUUUAAAAUGAACUUGACUGAAAUAAAAAAAGGGCACAUCCAGCUCACAGCUCGCAGCUAGUUGUAGCCUUUUGCUUUUAAUUUGGAUUCGACGAUUUUUUUUUUGUGUGGACGCUGGAGAACAUAUUACCCCCACAAAGUGACAACUGUCUGGUGAAGAAAAAUCACUAAAUUAACUUAAAAAGGUCAGUGGCUCCCUUUUUUCCGCCAAUGGGAAGUACAGGUGUAUUCCAUUUCGAGUAAUCGAUCAAUAUCCCCUGAUUUCGCAGUGGAAGGUAGCAACGGAGUGAGAAAAAAAAAAGUCCACAGAAAGUGCCUUUCCUCUUGAUGGUGCUGUCAAUUGAAAGAUUACAAAAAAAUCUCAAAUCAAAACAACUCGAAUCUCCUUUUCAAGAACACAUCGCAGUGCAGGAAUGGCUGCAUUUACACACACUCACUGUACGCGUUUGUUUUUUAGAGACGGCAAUGCAAACUCGUGUUUCAUGUAUUUAGAUAUUAAAGCCUACAUAGAAAUAGAAUAUAUGCCAAGUAUAUGGUUGUGGUUGAGCUUUCGCUUCCUAGUGCAUUUAGUGUCUUGGACCAAUGGUGUUGUUGGUACAGUGGAUUGUGCAUCUGGGUGGGGUGGUCGGGUGGUCGGGGCAGGGCGGGGUCGUAGCUGACACAGCUCAGCCCACGGAUGACAAACAUAGCACAGCACUUUAGAGACUGCCACUCUCACUCAGACACAUAGCCAAGAGGUUUUUCGAUCUCUGUCCCUCCAGUCUCCUUCCAACUCCCGAAACAGGGAGGAGGAGGAGAGGAUCCAAACCUUGGCGUAAACGAGGAGUCGAAGGGAUGUGCGUGUGCGUGUGUGUGUGUGUGUGUUACCAAACAAAGCAGCCGCUCAUUCAGAGAAAAAAAGAAAAGAGAGAAAGUGUGCCUCAUGCUCUUGAAAUGCCGCUCGACACUUUGUUACAGCUAGGGCUGGGUGUCAAACCCAGAUGUUGGCAUCCCCCCUUCCUGCACGCACACACAAACACACCCCCCAAAAAAAAAAGUUUUACAAUAGAUUCUUGCACUGAGGAGUCAAGGUUUUUCUUCUUGAAGGGCAUUUUUACUAAAGAAAUCAACACAAGUAGGAUCUAAAACUUGUUGAUAGGGCCGGGGAGAAAAAAAAAAAAAAGCAUGAAUGACUGUCUGUUGCAUAGUGACGUAUGCUUAUCAUUGGAGUGUCAUUUUACAGCAGGUAUAGAGAUGAAAUCAACAGAACCAGUGUCAGUAUUGAAGCUUUUUUUUUUGUUUGUUUGUUAUCUCACGAUGCCCAGCCCUAGUAGCAGCAGCCCAUGGCAUUCUUUCAUCUUAGUGCAAUGCCCUGCCAUGUGUCUUGUCUCUGAUGGAGGGAAUGCGUGCCCGGCAGUAUCCCUGCGUUGAGCCGGUAUAGGACGUCGACUGAAAACCAAGGGUGGUCUGUAGCUCUGUGGGUACCUUUUCAGUCCGGGGGGGGGUGGGUUGAAAUCUUUCUAUUACAAGAGAUCUCUAAAAACACUGCACCUCACUUACCUUGGUAUGCUGCAUAUGUUAUACUACAUGAAAGAAAACUGCAAAUUGCUUUUAUUAUGACAUAUAAUGCUUGAGUAAUGCCUGAUUGCGAUAUUCUUAUACGGUAACUAUUUUAGAGUCAAAAUAAGUAUAACUGUAAAAAAAAAAAAAAAAAAGGAAAAAAAUAUUCUCUGUUUUUUGUCUUAACACUUAUCCGAUUUUGAGAAAUUGUUCUUUGAGCCGACUUUUAUUUUGUUGUCCUAUUUAAAUGUGUCGUUCUUUAAAUUUAUAUAUGAAAUAUAUAUUAUGCGGAAUAUUUUAUGGUGUAUUUAUUGAGAGUGCGUUCAGGCGGCCGGAGUCUCCGCAUCACUUUUUAAGCAGCAUGGUGGGGGCGGAGCCAGGAGGAUGAGGCCUUUAAGCCCCUCCCCCUCCACGUUGACGCCUUAUUCUCCGUAGACACGCAAGCACAACAAUAUGGAGGGGGGGUGCAAGGUGGAGGAAAAGGGGAGGAGGUGGAUUUGACGUGGCGAUUAUGUGAGCCACGUAUCGGCCUCCAGUCGCUCGGGUCAACUCUACUCCUCUCUCUACUCCUUUCCUUUAAUAUUCUUUACCCUCCACUCUUUUACCACCUGAGAAAGGCCAAACGCCAAACCCCCACACGGUGCAGCUCAUCUCUGACGAAGGGAACCCUUUCUGAACCACACUGACUUGAGUGUCGAAAUAGCUGACUCUUUUUUUUUUUUUUUCAUCCCAAGCUGCUAAUUGGUACGUUAGCCAUGUAAAUUCCCCUGAGCCAGUUUAAAAAAAAAGAAGAGGGGCGGGGGGCAGGUGGAAGAGCGUAAAAAUGGAAGAAGAGUAAAAAAGUGGCGGGGGAAGGGAAGGAAAGUUGUUGGAAAGGCAGAAAUCUUCGGAUCGGUGAAAACUUUAGCUUAGGUGUUGCUUCUUUCCUCUUUUCUUGUGCCAGAACAUUUUACAGCAGGAACAGGUCUCAUUCCACGACAAAAGACAUGCCUCAGCCUUAAGUGCGUUCUUACAUGAUUCAGAUUCCUACGUGACUUUGCAAUGCCUGUUGUUGGGUAGCCUACCAAGAGAGAAAAAACAAAAACUAGCCUACGUACUUGAUCUGCCCUGAUUUCCCCCAACAGGCAUCCUCAUCUCUUCUCACUUCUCAUGUUAAACCACUAACAUUGCUACAGAACUCGGUGAACUCUGUUGUACGAACGAAGUGUAAGCUUUUAAAAAAUAUACAUAUAUCGAUAUGAAAAUCGCUCUGUCCCAUCUUGAUGUCUGAACAGAAACCAGGUCUGGGUCAAACAGCGUUUGGAAACAGUUCUCGGCAUUUGUUUUAAACCCUUCCCCCCCGGACUAGCAGUGUUUACUGCCACAGAUAAUUCAGAAAAAAGCAUUCUAGAAAUUCUGAACUACAUGAAAAAACAUAUGCUAACUUGACUUUUAUACACCCAUCUUUGUGAGUACUGCUUAUUGUUGUAUUGUCGUCGAUGGCAAAUCCAAAGAACAGUAUUUUCAGAUACAGUUUGACCCGGGUCUGACGGGAAAGCAGGACGUUCCACAGAGUGCUGGAUUACAGAGACCUGUGCCUGUAUAAUGAACCAAGGAUGAGUUGUGAUGUGAUUGAAUUGCUGUUCUUUUUCUCUCUUUUACUGUUUUAUUUUAAAUUUUUUCGUUGGUUGUCCCUCACCCCCAUUGGAGGAUCAGAGACAUGGAGCUUUUGGGUGUUGUCAAUCCUGUUCCAAAGUUAAAUAGGCCCUCUCUGUCCAUUUAAAUCAAAUCAGUUUGGUUUAAUAAAUGUUUACUGUAAUGUUUACUCCCAUGGCUAUCAGAUGUAUAACCUGUUUUCAUCCCAUUAGCAUUCCAAUAAUGACUUUGAACCAAAUAUUGCACAAGAGAUUAGGCUCCUGAUGCCGUUUUUCCCUUGUUAUACACAUAAUGGUUUUGAAGACAGAUAUUUGACAGUGGCCAAGGAUUUCAAACGUGUUCUGUGUAUGCUGCUUGUUUAGAUUGUGAUCAUUUAUUAUUAUUAUUUUUUUCAAUGUAGCAUCUCAUUUUAUUUUUUUUAUUUCGAACUAAAGAUCUUGGGCUCUGAUACCUCUGAGGGAGGCACCAGCAAAACGGAUGUACACGUUGAACAGUGAACCUUCACCACCAGAUGAUCCAUGUCUCAGUCUCUCUGUAUGUUGCAAAGGCUCUGUUGUACCAACAGCUCUAUUCCUUUCAGUUUUAAAUGUCUCUUUUCUUUUGUAACUCUCUCUCUCUUAUAGGUUGUUGGCCUUUUUAGUGUUGCUUUGCUUCAGUUUGAAGUGUAUCUUUGACUAAUACUUGCAAUAAAAUGCUUUGCUUUAC